AUGGCAAUUGUAUUGCAAUUUGUUGAUAAAGAAGGUUUUAUACAUGAACGAUUCUUUGAUUUGGUUCAUGUGAAGGAUACCACAUCAUUAGCUUUGAAGAAGGCAAUCUGUGAAGUUUUUUACGUCAUUGUCCUAAUCAAGAGACAUGAUCAAUUAAGAGACAUUGAGGCAUCUCAUAUCGCGGAAUUGAUUGACAAUGGUGAGCUUGAAACUGGCAAAGGGAAAAAUCAAGUCGAUAUCAUCAAGUUCAGAAACCUUACUCAAAGGAGUGAAGCUGAUGAAAUAUAUAAUGCAAUGACAUCCGUUGAUUUUGUUUUCACCUUGCAUUUCCUAAUUGAGAUGCUUGGAAUCAUUGAUGAUCUCUGUCUAGCAUUGCAGUAUAAAUCGCAGGAUAUACUAAACACGAUUCAACUAGUGUCAUCAACUAAAAUGCUUCUCCAGAAAUUAAGAGAACAUGGGUGGUAUCCUUUGUUUGAGAAAGUGAAGUUAUUUUGUAAAGGCCAUGAGAUAGAAGUCUCUAAUUUAAGUGCUCUAUACAAAGCUGAACAAGAAAUGAAUAAUCACUUUAAUGAUGAGGUAAUGGAGUUACUUGUUCUUAGCUAUGUUUUUGAUCCACACGAUAAUUACAAAGCUUUUUGGGUAGAAGAUAUCUACAAGCUUAUGAAUGAUUUUUAUCCGGACGAUUUUAUGAAACAAGAAAAGCUACACAUGAAGAUUCAAUUGGAGCAUUUUCGACUUGAUGCUCAACAAAGCACAGAGUUGCAAAAAGCUUCUACAGUUGUCGAGUUGUGUCAAGUGCUACCUAAGACAAAUAAGUUAAGUAUUUAUCCUCUUCUUGAUAGAAUUAUUUGUCUUGUGCUAACCUCUUCCUGUGUCUAUUGCAACAACCAAACGAGCAUAUUCAGCCAUGAAAAUUGUGAAGACAAGGCUUCGCAACAGAAUGAAGGAUAA